AUGUCAACAUUUCUCCCGUUUCGAGACAAGCGGCUACCACCCGUACCAGCUGCAACUUCGAUGUACCACCAUGAUCCCCUCCUACAAGUUGAGCGCCAGACAAAAUACAUUCAGCGCAAUCUUCAGAUUCUGAUCGAUGCCCAAAGUGAGGGUCUUCUGGCGGGUCUCGCGAGAUCUCAGCCAGAAAACACAUCGGACGGCAGCUUUACCCCGACAUCCUCGGUAGCUGGUCGAGCUCGGUCUCCGUCGACUACGCCCGCUCGGCAAACUCCAGUAAAGAAGAUUGGGCUUCGCGCCGCACGACAGGGUAUAUUCCAGUCGAUCUAUGAUCUAUUAAAGCUGCGAGAAGAGGAACGGGACAUCCUGUCGUCGCAAACGGACGAACGAGACAAUGCGCUCCGAGAAAUCCAAGGGUUCAACUCAAGAAGAAAUGGCCUGGAAGAGGCCAUAUCAGCUAUACAUAAUGACCAAGAGAAUCAAGAAGCUAGACGGUUGCAAGAAGAGGCACGCGGUCUCGAGACUGACAUUCACGAACUGGAAACCAAGCUGUACGAGAUGAAGGCCCAGCAUCGAAAUCUGAUCAGCAAGAUAUCGCACAUCGAGAACUCUGUCGAUGCAAAGCUGUCAUCCUACAACGAGUCCCUAUCCCUCCUUCAGUCCGAUAUCCAAAGCUAUCUUCGUGACCCCCCAGUCCAGCCACUCUCGCAACGAUCUACCGAGUCUUCAUUCUACUCCCUAAAUCCCAAACGACGUACCCUCGACAUGGCAGAGGAACAUUGGAAGUUGGAACAAGAUCGUCUACAUAAGAGACAACACGAGGUGGAUGCUGAAAUUAUGGCUCUAGAGGAGGGAGGCGGAGUCUGGAAACAAGCUAUCGCGGACGUGUCAGGCUUUGAGAAGCGCCUCCGGGCCAAUAUGCGACACUAUAUUGAGAUUCAGUCUUCCGCGACCGAUUCCAACCAUACGCAAGUGUCAGAAACGAUGGGGGAAGUCGCGGCAAAUGUCUCGGAGGACUUGGACAAGACCGUCCAGAGGCUUGAAACACAUUUGGAUCUUGCCGAGAAGAAAGAUUGGAAACUUCUCGUUUGCUGCAUUGCUGCAGAGCUCGAGGCACUCGGCGAAGCGCGCGGAAUGCUUCUUCCAGCCUUUGGGCUGCCGGUACAUGAAGAUGUGCUCACCUCCCAAUCACCGUCAUCGGAGGAACAACUUUCAGAGGGGCCCCCAGAUACGCAUGAGAACUUAUCCGAUAGUGAUGACUCUGAGCCUCCGACGGAUCUAUUAAAAGAAGGUCCGGUUCAGCACACAGAUAAUGCAGAUACUGCGUCAAGAUCCGACGACGAGCCAGACCCAGCUUGGCUCUGA